UCCUUUAUUCAAGUUCUCUAGGGAUUUGGUGUUGUUCUGCAGCUAGCUCAUUUUGGAUCCCACCUCAACCUUAUUGUCUGUCUCCCUCCCUUUUAUUCUCACCCUCCUCCUAGAUAGAUAAUGUGCUAGCCAUUUUUCACAAUGUUAUUUGUUCCAUUUUACAGGGGAAGCUUCUUCAAAACAUUACAAGAAACAAUCUGUCAUUUGACAUGAGACGCCGUUUGAGAAUGGCACUUGAUGUUGCCCGGGGUAUGAAUUAUUUGCAUAACCGAAAUCCGCCAAUAGUUCAUCGAGACCUGAAAUCUUCAAAUUUACUAGUUGACAAAAACUGGAUAGUCAAGGUAGGAGAUUUUGGCCUAUCAAAGUUGAAGAAUGCUACCUUCUUAACAGCAAAAUCUGGAAGAGGGACACAGCCCCAGUGGAUGGCACCUGAACUGCUCCGGAAUGAACCUUCAGAUGAGAAGUUGUUGGUGUUGUAGGUUUCAUGGAUCGUCGGUUAGAUGUACCAGAAGGACUUGAUCCCAGAGUCUCAUCCAUCGUCCAUGAUUGCUGGCAAAGAAACUGAAGUAAUCUUUGUUGAAACUAAUUGUUUACAAUGAACAUGAG